CUUCUCUUUUUGUAUCCUUUGAAAGGCUUGCUGCUUCAGUUCAUUCUCAUCUUGUUGAGAGUUUCUCACAUUUCCGUCCUUAACGUCAUACAUCCGCUCGACUCCACCUAAUCGAGACACCGCCCCUCCUUCUCCACCGGAGCUCAAACAUCUAAAUCUUUUCUUUCAGCACUCCAUCGCAACAAUGUUCGCUACAAAGCGUCUGAGCAAGGAGCUCCUUAAGGUACCAAUUCCUCCGUUUUCUUCUAGGGCUUAUCGCCUUUGUCCCCCGCAUACUCUGAGAGCAUACCAUAACGCCCAUGCAUAUUGUUCAUUCUAUGAACAUGUUUCUCUAACCUUUUUGACCUUCCAGAUGCAAGAGCAUGUCCCACCGGGAAUUUCAAUCGUCAAAUGUGACAAUCUGGAGGAAUGGCAGAUGGACAUCAAGAUCCUCGACCAGAAUCCACUUUAUCUCGACCAGACUUAUCGCCUGAAGUUUACCUUCAGCAAGAAGUACCCUAUUGGUAAGCCCCGUCUUCUCAGCCGAAAGCCCUCUGUCUCUAUCGACUCCUUCGGUAGCUCCAUUCCAUCCCUCUUGUCUUUGCCUCGUCUUUUUAUCGGAUUAUUCUGGGUUUUGACAAUCAUUUUAGAACCCCCAGAGGUCCAAUUCAUGCAAUGUCCUGCCUCGACUGGCACACCCCGCACAAUCCCAAUGCAUCCCCAUAUAUACAGCAAUGGCAUUAUCUGCCUUGACCUUCUAGGCUCCGCCGGAUGGUCCCCAGUGCAGACAGUCGAGAGCAUCUGCAUGAGCCUUCAGAGCAUGCUUACCGCCAACAAUCGUAACGAGCGACCUGCCGGUGACCAGGAGUUCAUUGCCACCAACCGCCGUCGCAUCCGUGAUAUCAACUUUGUCUACGAGGAUGACAAUGUAUAA